UUUUGUAUUCUAUCCUUGGAUGGAGGUGGAGUACGCUCUGUAAUAGAGACAGCUCUGUUACUUAGGAUAAUAGAGGUGUAUCCAACAUUCUUGGAUAAUGUAGAUAUGAUUACAGGUGCAUCUGCUGGUGGAAUACUAUCAUUGGUACUUGCAAUGGGCAAGACAAUUGAGGAGACACAGGUAUUCUUUAAGAAGUUGGCACCUGAAAUCUUCUCAAAGUCAUGGUACCAUGAACUGGUGUCCUUGGACAGUGCCAUUGGUUCAGCAUACUCCAACUACAAACUUAAACAGGUGUUGAGUGAACAGUUUGGCGAUAUCAAACUGAAAGAUCUCAAGAAGAAGGUGUUGGUGCCCAGCUUCCAAUUGGACAAUCAAUCUACAGCUCAUCUUCCAAAUGGUGAUGACCAAGAUGUAAACGAUAAAGAGAUCGAGGACCAUGACUUUGUGUUGAUACACAAUAGAGAGGCUGUGGAUAUGAAGAAUAGAAGGUGGGCCCCACGUCUGUUCCACAACCUACACAACUCCAACACCAACAAUCAUCUUGCCGUGGACAUUGCCUUGAGAACCAGUGCCGCUCCAACAUACUUCCCAAUCUAUCAGGGUUUUGUUGAUGGUGGUGUUUGCGCCAACAAUCCAUCACUAUGCGCUGUCACCAGUGCCAUUUCCUCGGGCAUCCCAAUGAAGUCCAUCGUGGUCCUGUCUCUCUCUAGUGGCAGAGACGGCAAGUACCUCACACAGGACAAGUAUGGCGCUGGAGAUUGGGGUCUGGCACAGUGGGCGCCAACCCUUAUCGACAUGAUCCUUGACUCCACAGUAGAGAUCACAGACUUCCAGUGUGCUCAACUGCUCGGUGAGUGCUAUCAUCGUAUCGAUCCACUGUUGCCAAAGAGUAUCGACCUCGACCAGCCCAAGUUCAUUCCGACACUGGAGGACGUGGCCAACAGCGUCGACCUAGCAGCCACUCUACAAUGGAUUGAAAAGUAUUGGUUCCAGCCAAAGCUUGCCAACAAUCUAUAUAAUACUACCAACAACAAUAGCAGCAGCUCGACUACCACCACUACCACCACCACGACCACAACAACAGAUUCCUCAAGUGGCAGUUGUACCUCCAAGUCGACAACAAUCACUCAAAGUAGCGACAACUCU